CAGAAAGGGAAAUUCAGCCUCACGCCCAGAAAUGAGAGGAAAGGUAGCUGGAACUGAAGUAGAGAUACCUCCAUUAUUUUGGGUUUUCUACCUACCCAAAAUGUUCCUUGGCAUGAAUGGACCUCUUUGUGCAUGAGGUGGAAGGAAUGAAGGUGUGAUGGACAUUCUCUGUCCUUUAGGAGCCUGUCUCUUCAAUUCUCUCAUUGCCUUCCUCCUCCUCAUGAUGCCCAAAAUGGCCUUAGGGCAGUUCUCAGUGAUUGGACCUGCAGGAUCCAUCCAGAUCUCACUUGGGGGAGAGGCAGAGUUACCAUGUUACCUGACCCCACCUCAGAGUGCUCAGCACAUGGAGGUGCUCUGGUUGCAAUCCACUCAGGUGGCACAUCUCUAUCGAUAUGGAGAGGAUCAGCUAGGAGACCAGGCCCGUGAUUACCAAGGGAGGACGGAGCUGUUGAGAGAUGCUGUCACAAGUGGGAAUAUCACUCUGGAGAUACUGAAUGUGAGACUCUUGGAUGCAGGAAAGUAUAUGUGUCUCAUUGCAGAUGGUUUUCACCAAGAGCAAGCUGAAAUGGAGCUGAAAGUCUCAGGGACAAUCAGAAGAGGUAUAAUUCACAUUCUAAAGAAUGGUUCUUCAAACCUGCAAACAAUUAUCACGCCCUGGCUAAGUCUUCUCUUCUCCAGGCUAUGA